AUGGAGUCUUCCGCUCCAACGGCCACCAGCCCAGAUCAGCCUCUGACCCCGAAACCGCAUGUUGGUCGCAAGAUAUUAGCUGUAGAUACGCAGCCCUGCCGUAGUCGAGAGCAAACAUGCAGCGGGUCACCAUCUUCACCAACCAAUACUCCAUUCGCCCCUGCAGGUCCACGAGGCCAUACAGAGAGGCAAGAAAGGAGCCAGGAUAUUGAAAUGGGAAAGGAAGGGGGGAACAAGGAGACCGUCGUCAAAGAAAGGGACGCUGCAGAUCCGAGUCCGAACGUCCACCGCCUUGGGGCGUCUGACAAACAAUAA